AGUUAUUGUUGAUAAGUCCCGUCAAAGUCUCUUUUUGUUUGUUCGUCCGUCCAGCUUUUCUCAUCAUCAUCAGCAUACCAGCCUAGUUGCUCCAGUCUCUCCUUCACCCAAUAUCAUAAUGCGUUCCUCAACUAUCAUCGCAGCCUUUGCUGCUGUCGGCUCAGCUAUGGCUCAGCGCCCUGCUAGCACGCCCAUCUGCGAUUACUACACCGCCGCCCUCCUCAAGAACAACACUGCCGCAAACCAGUAUACUCUUUUGACGCUGCUGGUGAACACCGCUGUCAUCGGAAACUACACCACACCCAAUGUCGGCAUUGCGGCCAAUGGUAUCCUCAACAAUGGAACCUACAAGGGCGAGCCUGUCAGCCUACUCCAGUACUUCGACGGCGCGCUCGAGUCAACCAACUUCAACGGCAAAGCUAUCGCCGUCAACUUCCUCGACGGUGGCGGAGCUGCUCCGUUGUUGCUCAACAUGCCUGCCAACAACACAUCCUCCAUUCAAUAUGGGCUCAUCACUCAUCUCUACCAGUUCUUUGGUGCUCUCCUCAGCUGCUCCGAGUACGGCGCCAUGGGCUUCCCCUCCUACAAGGGCAAGACCAGCAUGGCCGAAGUCCACAGGUUCAUGGACCUCGAGGCUGCCGAAGUUGGCUACUUCAUCGAGCAAGUCGGUCUCUCCGCAGCUUCCUUCGGUGUCACAAACGACGAUGUUACCGCCGUUGGAACGGCCCUGACCAAGCUCUUCGACUAUAAAUGCGCACCUCCCGUCGCCAUUCUCCCCAACGGCACUGCUGAGCUCCAGAGCAUUUGCCAGGCUGAGGAUUGCCCUGUCGCUCCCAAUGCGACCUGCGCGGCGUACCCUCUGAUGGGCAUGCCGACGUCGCCUGCGAAUGCGAGCGUGACCGUCAUGCCCACUGGGACCGUGGCACCGUCGGCGACCACCUCAACGGCGUCAAUGUUCACCGGCGCUGCCCAAGCUAUUGGUGCCGGUGUUGGUUCAGUUGCUGCCGCAGGCCUGUUCGCGCUUGCGCUUGCUUUGUAAGAGAUUUAUGCAUUGGUUACUCAAUAUGCUUUUUGAAGCAGUGGAAUUUGGACAACGAUACCCGAUUCAGGUGGUCCAGGAGUUUUGGGACACGGAUUAUACCAAUAAUAAUAUCAAAAUAUCUAUAAUACAGU